AUAUAUAUAUAUAUAUAUUUCUCUAUUAUAUUCAACAGUGUUCUUAUUUUCUUCUCAUUUUUCACUCUCUCUUUCCCUUUCUCUCUCUCUUCAAACCCUAGAAUCUUCAAUCUCAAAUCUGAACCUUUUUUUUCAUCUUUGAUUUUCGUUUUUCGUUAGCAUUUUCUUAAUGGAUUUUCGUAAUCGUUGUUUGCCGGUUAGAAUGGUUGCACAGUCGUUACAGAUUCGCGAUUCUGUUGCGAAUGUUGACUGUGGUGGUGGUGGUGGUGUUGUUGUUCCGAAGGUUUCCGGGAAGAAGAAUGAGGUGAACUCGACGGUGAACUUUAGUGGAAAGAAAACCGAUUCAACAGAAACUUCACCAUUGCAGAAUCGAAGACGGAGCUCGAGAAUCCAAUCUCUGCUGAAAAAAACUGACGAGAAUCAGCGUCGCCGGAAAGAAAAAUCUGUUGUGGUUGUAGCUCCGCCGAAGUCGAACAAGCGUGUUAAGAAAAGUCCCGGCGAGCUGAGUGUGACUAAGGAAGGUGUUUCCGAGAACGAAACGAAGAAGAAGGAGAAGAAAUCUGCAUCGUGUGUGAAACGUGAGCUGAUGGAAGUUCGGAAUCAGAAAAUAACGGCGGAGUCGGAAAAUGCGGUUGCUGAAAAUGCAGCUAGUGGUGCAUUAGCUGACAAGAGAUUAACUGCUAAGGUGAAGGAGACGAUUAGGGUAUUUAACAAACACUAUCUUCAUUUGGCUCAGGAGGAGGAAGAGAGAUCUGCUAAAGCGAAAGCAGAAGCUAAGAAAAAAGAAUCAGCUAAGGACGACACUCAACCUAAAGAAAAAAAAAUUUCCAAGCGACCUGAUCUGAAGGCCUUAACAAAGAUGUUGAAGAAUAAUGAGAUACUGUAUCAUGAGAAGAGAAUUGGCAAUAUUCCAGGUAUUGAGGUUGGCUAUCAGUUUUAUUCUCGUGCUGAAAUGGUUGCAAUUGGUUUUCAUAGCCACUGGUUAAACGGUAUUGAUUGUAUGGGCAAAAAUUAUACAAAAGUGUACAACGACUACCAAUUCCCAAUUGCUGUGGCCAUUGUUUUGUCAGGCAUGUAUGAGGAUGAUGUGGAUAAUGCCGAGGAUGUUGUGUACACUGGUCAAGGUGGGCAUGAUCUGAAUGGUGAUAAGCGUCAAAUACAAGAUCAAAAAUUGGAGCGGGGUAAUUUAGCACUCAAGAACUGCUCGGAGCAAAAUGUACCAGUUAGGGUGAUUCGAGGUCAUGGCUCUACUAGCAGUUACAGUCGGAAAGUGUAUACAUAUGAUGGCCUUUACAAGGUUGUCAAUUAUUGGACGGAGAAGGGAAUAUCGGGCUACACUGUUUAUAAGUUUCGGCUUAGGAGGAUGGAUGGACAGCCUACAUUAACAACACAACAGGUUUAUUUCACAUGUGGACGUGUACCUCAGACUGUAGCAGAACUACGAGGGUUGGUAUGUGAGGAUAUCACUGAAGGUCAGGAACAUGUGCCCAUUCCAGUUACAAAUUUGGUUGACGACUCCCCUGUUCCACCCACAGGUUUCAAAUAUUUAAAGUCUCUGAAGGUUGCAAAAAGUGUUAAGAUUCCUGCCAAUGCCUCUGGGUGCAAAUGCAAAGGCAAGUGUAUUGAUCCAACAACUUGUGAAUGUGCAAAGCGCAAUGGCUCUGAAUUCCCCUAUGUAUCUAGGGAUGGUGACAGAUUAAUUGAAGCUAAAGAUGUUGUGUUUGAAUGUGGUCCCAAUUGUGGUUGUGAUCCUGGUUGUUUGAACCGAACUUCUCAAAAAGGACUUCGAUAUCGUCUCGAGGUUUUCCGUACUGCAAAGAAAGGAUGGGGUGUUAGAUCUUGGGAUUUUAUACCUUCUGGUGCACCAGUUUGUGAGUACACAGGAAUACUUGGUAGAGCAGGUGAUAUGGACAGUGUGUUGGAAAACAACUACAUUUUUGAGAUAGAUUGCUUGCAAACAAUCAAGGGACUUGGUGUAAGAGAGAGGCGGUCACAAAAUGUAGCAUAUGCUGCAAAUCUGUUGGACAACUAUGAUGGCCAAGAUUCUGAAGCACCAGAGUUUUGUAUUGAUGCGGGAUCCACUGGAAAUAUUGCUAGGUUUAUAAACCAUUGUUGUGACCCUAAUUUAUUUGUACAAUGUGUUUUGAGUACACACCAUGAUUUGCGAUUGGCUCGAGUUGUGCUGUUUGCUGCUGACAACAUACCCCCUUUACAGGAGCUGACAUAUGACUAUGGCUGUGCGCUUGACAGUGUAUUGGACUCUGAUGGGAAGGUAAAGCAAAUGGCAUGCUAUUGUGGAGCUUCCGGCUGCAGGAAGCGGUUGUUCUAAAUUUCUCGUCCCUUUUGGAGAUAUAAGUAGUGUAGUAGGUGUUGUGUCAAAGUGGGUACUCAUCCAAAAAGUCCCACAUCUAGUAGUUGAAAGAAAAAAGAGGUAAGACUUGAAUAUACAUAGCUAAUAUGCUGUGUGUUUUUUCCAUCCUUUACUCUAAUUUUGUCUCUAUUAUGAAUUAGUUGAUUGGUAGGAGCAUCAUUCAAUUUAGAACAUUAUUACUCGAAUGAAUUUGUUCUGGUGUGGUGCGUAUCAAUUUUAAUACAGAGAGAUGGCAUAUUGUGAA